AUGUUUAUCACUGAAAUCAAAAUAAAGACCUUUCUGAGGAAGAUCUUUGUGGGCACAAAAGGGAUCCCUCAUCUGGUCACCCACGAUGCUCGCACCAUUCGCUACCCUGACCCUCUCAUCAAGGUCAAUGACACCAUCCAGAUUGAUUUGUCAUCUGGCAAGAUCACCGAUUUCAUCAAGUUCGACACUGGUAACCUGUGUAUGGUGACCGGAGGUGCUAACUUGGGAAGAAUUGGAGUGAUCACCAACAGAGAGAAGCAUCCUGGCUCUUUUGAUGUGGUUCAUGUGAAAGAUGCCAACGGCAACAGCUUUGCCACCCGGGUCUCCAACAUCUUUGUCAUCGGUAAAGGCAGCAAGCCGUGGAUUUCUCUUCCACGAGGAAAAGGAAUCCGUCUCACCAUUGCUGAAGAGAGAGAUAAGAGGCUGGCAGCCAAACAGAGCAGUGGGUGAAAUGGUCUCUAAUGACAUGUUACAGAGAUCUCUGUUUAAUUAAAGAUAAUAGAACAU